UCUUGGAGAUGGAUGCAAUAGAAAACAAGAACGCCCCUGUUUCCAACUUACAAAAAGAGGAUGAUUCUUUGUUUGACUACCUCAAUAUUCUAUCUCCUUUAAAGACCAAAACGCGCGUUGAAGCUACUCUAACGUUGAACUCACUUGGCAUGGAUUAUUCACUUCUGGCAUCAAAGCCUAAAGUUUCGUCCGAAGAUGUAAAUAAAAUAUAUAGACAUGAAGAAGCUCUUACUGAUUCUACUCAUGGAUGUCAAUACUCACUUGGGCCAUCUAGUCAACAUAAAAAGAUCGAGCUUCCACAAUCUAUGCAAUAUAGUCCUUAUAGCUCCGAACAACGUCCUCUAAUUUCAACUGAAGAGGCUAACUGGGCUCUUGAAUUACUUGGCAUGCAAGUACCAAAUGGUACCAAUGUACAAGACGAUUCUAUGAAAGAUUCAGUUGAGUGUGGAACAUAUAUUCCGGAAGUAGGUUCGGUUCAGGCAAACAUUGAAGGAGCGGAUUGUGAUUCUAAUCACUUAAGUAGUAUAACACAAUUAAUGAAUCUGCCGCCACAAUCUAACACUAGCAGUAAUUAUAAAAUGCAAAAUGUUGAACAUGUUGCUUCUAGUUCAAAACAUGAAAUUGAAUAUAAUCCUUCUGAACCUAUAGCUGCAACAGACAUAAAUCAAACCCCGAACAAUCUUGCCAAUGUUGCUUUAAUGGAUAGCAAUCCAAUUGCGAGAGGGAUCGAUGAGCUUGCAAGUAUUAAACGCAGUAUAACGAGGUCCUGUCUAAACUAUCAGCCUGAGAUGACCAGUUUGCAAAUGAAUGCUAUCAAUGAAAACCCAUUGCUUCAUAGAAAAAACACUAGUUAUUCACAAAUGUGUGUUUUGCCAAGAAAUGAUAUUUACUUAAAUGAAAAGAUGUCUUCUGGAAGGAAACCUGAAUCACCGAGCUGUACUUCUUCUUUGCAUCUUUCUGCAAGGCAAGGCCAUCACCUAUCGCCGGUCCCUGCACCAAUGGAAAGACAUUUGGUGCCAUCUGAGAAUGAUGAUUUCACCAAGUCAUCAGUUCACAUUCCUGGUGAAGAUUUCUGUCGGAGUACCCCCGACCUGAUGAGUAGAGUGCAAUUUAACGACCUAACGAAUAAACUAUUGGAUGAAAACAUGAAAAUGACGUCAAAAGUGCAUAGUAAAGAUUCGAUUGGUCUAAUUUCUUCUGGCUCAGAACAUGAAAUGGAGGAGGAAAGUGUUGAUUUCUGUCAGAAUAUCCCCAAAAGGAAGAGGAAAAGGUCCGAUCUAACUAGGGAAGGAGGGGCAUGCAGAAGCUGUAAAUGUAAAAAAUCAAGGUGUUUGAAAAAUUAUUGUGAGUGCUUUGCUGCUGGAGCCUACUGCAUAGGACCUUGCUCAUGUAUAGACUGCUCGAAUAAAGGAGAUAAUGAAGAUACAGUUCUGCAAGCUCGCAGGAAUAAUGAUUCUAAAGUCGUAACAAGUGCUAAUUCCUCACCUCAAUUUGAGGGGGACCCUAACAUAACUUUAGCUUCAAAGCCAAAGCUACAGAAAAGACUAUGUAAUUGCAAUAAAUCAGGUUGCCAAAGGAAAUAUUGCGCAUGCUUUAAGGAUGGUGUUGGUUGCUCUCCAAUUUGUAAAUGUCAAGGGUGCAAAAAUAUACAUGGUAGAAAGGAUAGUACAGCUGAAACAAAAUCUGAGCUUGAAGAAACAAAAACAUUACAAGUUUCCAGAACAUUUCCUCCAUUACCAUAUUCAUCGAUGGGAAUGUCGCCUCAAAUAUUGUGUUCUGAAUUGUUCGGCAGCCAAAACCAGGAGCUUGUGGAAUCAAAUGCUACUGGAUCAAUAACUAUUCCAGAUGAUGUAAAUUGCAUCAAUACUUCUUCUAUUGGCAAGUGGAUAUGCAUUUCUAAUCCUGGAUGCGAAAAUGGCGUUGAAUCAUCACCUACUCGAAGUGGUGGCCAGAACUCGACAUUAGAAUGAGGGAAAUUUUGUUUUUCUUUUGAUACUAUAUGCUUAGGUUUCUCUCUGUAUAUGAUUCAGGUCUUCUUUUUCUUACUUUUUCAAAUCUUAUUUUGUUAUAGUCUGUGCAUUGAUUCCACAAUGCACAACUUCAAUUGUUAACAUGAACUAAUUUUAAUGUUACUUAAAAAACUAU